GGAACACCGAUGAUACAGUGCGCUGAGUGCACCGACUGGUACCAUUUUUCUUGUGUGAAUUUGACCGAGGAUACAGCGGAAGAUAUAGCGUUGUCCCCAUUUUAUUCUAUCACGGUUGGGAGCUGUGCUGACAUUCUGGUUUACUUCAGCUGCCUACAUUUGUCCCGGAUGUACUGAGAAGACUGGUCGUCGUACUGCAAGUGAGUAUCUCCCUCCUUCCCUCUCGCUCUG